AUGGAUUUGCAUAAACUUAAGAGCAAGUCGGCUCCUGGACCAGACGGGAUUCAGAACAAGCUUUUGAAGAAUCUGGACGAGGGGUCAAUCAAGUACCUUACCCGGGAGGUUAACGCUAUGUGGAGAGACGGGGUGGUUCCGGAGCAGUGGAAGACAGCUCUCACGGUGCUAAUUCCCAAGGCUGGCCAGGUAGCCGAGCAUGCGGUGCUUAGUCAGCUUACAAGGUACCUUGAGGAGAACCAGGUCUACCCCCACCCCCACACUGUGAUUGGAUUCGAGCCGGGCUGUCGACUCGAGACGCAAUGA